AUGGCUUCCAACUCUUCUCGCAAUGAACACCCUUACGACAACAGACUCAGGUACUGGAAGAAUGAGUCUUCCAUCGCACCUCAUGAGCUCUCCGAUGCUCUGAUGAUAGAGUGGUUUAGCCUGCCUUACAGUGUCGAGACCGAGAAGUACCACAAUCCCCCUUUGCGGAAAGCGAUGCGGGGUGCAACCCCGAAGCUCCAGUGCUACAUCCCUAACCACUUGCGCGAGCUCGUGCGCUUCGUAGUCAGGAUCCUGGCAUUAUAUCAACACCUCGCAGCCCGUGUCCCUUGGAUCGACAUGCGGGCGAAAGCCAGUGCCAACAACCAGCCCACCCUCGCUGCAUGGGUGCACCAGAUGUACUCUGGUUUGCGGCUCAAUGCCUACGUUGCCCAGCAGGUGCUCGGGGGUGUCGUCGACAAGGUCAAGGCAAUCACCAUCGCAGAAGGUCUCCGCGAUUCCAGUACCGCUGCAUCGUCUCGCAGAUUCCCCCUCUCUUCCCACAUCCCUGAGCUCAUACAAUUCCUAUUUGAGCAAGUCGCAUUUGGAACCUCGUGUCCCGAGACCAUCGACCUGCCCGAUCCAGUGUUUCGCAUCGGCGAAAACGAUUGCAGAUAUUUUCCUGACCCCAUUAUACUGGUCAAGAAAAAGAUCGCCGAAGGCAGCAGGCACGCACUUUGCCUGCAGGGUGCAAAGACAUGCAGCAGCCCCGACAUCGAAGUUACCGACGAUGGCUACGAUGUACACUUUGCAGAGGCCGUGCUAGGAAUCCAGGAGAUGUUCAACAACUUCUCUAUGCAGGAUGCCGAGCAACUUGAUGAUCUCGAAAUCAACUACCCUGCUGGGCCAGGUAACCCCGAACUUGAUCCAGUCGGACCCACCACCCUGUUUGUUCCACACAUGGUGGAGAACAGCUCGGCCCCAGACUGUGUGGUCCAGGAGGAGGACGAGAUUGCUGCAUUUGGCUCUGGUGCUGCAGCUCCGAAGAGCAAGAAGCGACCCAAGACCAAGCAAGGUGGUGUGCAGCCGAAGAAGAAGCCCAACACAGGCAAGCCGGACCAGCACGACAAGGGAAAAGGCAAGGAUAUCCGAGGCCAGGAUAAUCAACUCUCGGGCGAGCAGCCUGCAGGCAGCAACACACUAUCCAAGGAGAAUGAGCCUGGCCCUUCCAAGACUGUGCCUGCGGGCAGUGGUGGACCAUCGCCAUCUGUGGAAAGUCCCAAUAUGGAGCGCCACAGAGACAAAGAAGCUGCUACCAACAGCAAGGGAGGCGAGGAAAUGGAUGAUUUUGGCUCGCCUGAUGGAGCGGGCGGACAACUGCACAUGCCAUAUGUCCUCAGGUCACCUCCUGUGCCGCAGUUUUUGCCGCAUAGCAACACUCGUGCCGCCGAAGGUGUGUACAUAUCCCCCUGA